AUGUUAGCAAGGGACCCCUCAUUGCCAGAUGCACUAAAUAAGUUCUGUGCCCACUUUGAGGAGCCUAACAUCCCCCUCAGCACCAGACUACCACCACCACCUGGUGACAUGCCCCUCUGUAUGACCACAGCAGAUUUGAGGAAGACCCUCCAAGAAAUGAACCCUCAUAAGACUGCAGGCCCCGGCAACAUCACAAGUGCUCAACAGGUCAGAAGUCCAGAAGAGCUGUGGAAAGCUGGACUUGGAAACUCAGUCCUGAGGAGCUUCUAUUACUGUGUGGUGGAGAGCAUUGUCUGCACCUGCAUCACCGUGUGGCACGGCAGCUGCACUGCUGUUGAGAGGAUGGCACUGCAGAGGGUGGUUAAGGCUGCACAGAGGACUCUUGGUGUGUUUUAUUGUUUUCGCAGAGACGGCGCGGCGGUGGAGAUAGUUGGUCUGAGUAAAUCAGCAGUUAGUUGGCUUGUGGAGCUGCAGUCUAAAGGACUGUUCCCCUAUGAUGGCGUUAAGGUGCACAGAGAUGGAACGGAUGUGUUCAUCUUGUACACUGAGUGGAACAAGCAACUUCAGCAGUCCUUUGAAGUUGAAUUCUGGGUGUCUGGGGACUCACAGGACCCCAAUGAGAAGCACCCUGAUUUGGUGCAUAAAAAGGGAAUUUAUAAAGAUAGUUAUGGAGCGUCCAAUCCCUGGUGUGACUACCAGCUGAGGCCCAACUUUACCAUCGCAAUGGUGGUGGCUCCAGAGCUGUUCACGCUAGAAAGAGCAUGGAAGGCUUUGGAAAUAGCUGAGAAGAAACUCCUAGGACCACUGGGAAUGAAAACACUUGACCCAGAUGACAUGGUCUACUGUGGUGUUUACGAUAAUGCACUGGACAAUGACAACUACAACCUGGCCAAGGGCUUUAACUACCACCAAGGACCUGAGUGGCUGUGGCCUGUUGGCUAUUUUCUCCGUGCAAAGCUCUACUUUGCCAAGAAGUUAGGGGAGGAGACCUACUCCAAGACCGUCAUCCUAGUGAAAAAUGUUCUGUCACAACAUUACACCCACUUGGAGAGGUCUCCAUGGAAAGGCUUACCAGAGCUGACCAAUGAAAAUGGCCAGCAUUGCCCCUUCAGCUGUGAGACCCAGGCCUGGUCUCUGGCUACUGUGCUGGAGGUGCUCCAUGAUCUGUAGAGAUCCCAUGAAGCUGUGAGCCACUCCCCUCCUCUGACUCAUUGUCUGUCAUCACAAAACUUUUUUGUAGGAUCCCUAAAGAAUCCAAGGAACAAUGACAUCGUCAGCCAAGUUUUCCAGAAUAAGUAUUGUAAGGUAACCAGGUUAUUGUAUCAAAGCAUUUUAAGGUUAAAGCAUUUUUCUCUCUCCCUGGCCCUGUUUAAGGAAUCAACAAAAUGCCAUUUUGAUCCAGUUGAUCUCAAAAUUUAAAAAGGUUUACAGUGGUUGUCACAUUAAUAAAAAUUUAGACAGAGAUAACACUGGAAAGCACCUGAGCUGUGUUAUUGUACACGUACAGUUCAGACCAACACACACUAGAUCAGCGGAUUAUUACUAUAGUAAAGGCUUAAUUUAAUGAGGACUCAGGACACAACAGCUAGGAACCAUUUUGGUUCCUUUUUAGGGACUGUACAUGUUCCUCAAAUGAGCAGCGUUCCUAAUGUUCCUAGCUGUACUUAGCUGUACCUAGCUGUUCCUUUUUAGGACCUUUAAGACUUGUCCCUAAAAAGGAACAGUGUUCCUAGCUUCAGUGAAUGUUGUUUUCUCCUGAAUUCUUACUUUUGCUAGAUGUUGAGGAUUUUUAAUUGAAUCAUGAUGAUACUGACCUGAGACCUCCAUCAGUUCAGGUCAGGUGUUUGUGAUGUUAAAGCACAAGAUAGCUCUGCUAACUAAACACUGUGGAACUGGGUACCAUCUGCUAAUAAAUGAUCUAGAGUUGUUAUCUUAAGUUUUCUAACCUGGUGAUGGAAGCUGUACUUUUUGUCUAAUUUCUUGUGUAUUUUAGGAAAAUAAUUUUAACAAAUUAAGUUGAA